GCAAGAUCACUCCUACCCGCCAUGCAAAAUGUCCAAAAUGCCCUUAGGUCAGCUAACUUAGCUGGUAGAAUAAAAGUCUCUACAACAAUCAUAAGUUCAAUCGUGUCCGGUUUUCCACCCUCUGAAGGUGUAUUUACAUCAGCAUCAUUCAUGAAUCCAAUUGUUAACUUCCUUAAAAAAAAUAACGCUCCUUUAUUAGCCAAUAUUUAUCCAUACUUUUCUUACCUUUACACUCCAUCUAUAAACCUAGAUUAUGCACUAUUUACUUCGCCCAACGCACAAGUUACCGAUAAAAAUAACGGUUUACAAUACCAAAACCUAUUUGAUGCACUAGUCGACACGGUGUAUGCUGCAUUGGCAAAGGCUGGAGGCCCUAACGUACCAAUUGUAGUGUCCGAAAGCGGUUGGCCUUCGGCUGGUGGUGAUAACCGUGGUGCUGCUACGUUUAAUAAUGCUCAGACGUAUUAUAGGGGUUUAAUAGGCCAUUAUAGGCAAGGUACACCUUUGAAGAGACAGGCAAUUGAGACGUAUUUAUUUGCAAUGUUUGAUGAGAAUAAAAAAGGUGGUGCUAGUACUGAGAACAAUUUUGGAUUGUUUAGGCCUAAUAAACAACCAAAAUACCAACUUAAUUUCAAUUGAAAACUAUUUAAUUAGUUUUCGGAUAUGUAAUUUUAUACUAUACAUAAUGAAUAAAUGAAAUAUAAUACAAGGGCAUAGCCUAAAGGUGUAAUAAAAUAUGUGUAUGUUUUUUUUUAUUUGAUGAAAAGAUGUAAGUCAUGUAACAAAAAAAUAUAAUAGUUGAACAAAAUGUUAUG